AUGGUCGUCGGCAUCGACGAUACCCACCCUUCUCCAGGCUCUGCCUCCAACACUCCUAGCAUCGCUGGUGUUGUUGCAUUCAUGAACAGCCAGGUGGCCCAAUGGCCUGCAGACCUCCCCAUCCAAACCUCCUGCCAGGAAAUGGUCUCAAAAACAUCCUCGUAUAUCCUCGUAUACCGUGACGGUGUCUCGGAAGGCCAGGAUCAGGUCGUCCUCAACAAUGAACUUCCACUUCUCCAAAAUAUCAUCAUUGUCGUCAAGCGAUAUAAUGCCCGUUUCUUCCUCUCCGAACUAGGCGACGCGGACCACUCCUUCAACCCGCGAAAUGGCACCGUUGUUGACCGUGGAGUCACUGACGUCCGCAACUGGGAUUUCUUCCUAGAAUCGCACACAGCGCUGCAAGGGACUGCGCGCCCAGGCCGUUAUUACAUCGUCAACAACGACGAGGUCAAGUCAACAGCUGCAGCGUCGGCGAUGUCGAGGGUCGAACUCACCCUGGUGGAAAUGUCGCAGAUGCCGUCGAACCCUGACGCAUAA